GCAUGGACUACUAAAUCGAACUAAAGUUAGAGCUAGCUAGCUUAUUGCUGUUAUACCUCUUCUGCUCAAACCAUACACUCUGAAGAUGCACGUCGGUCGUCUCCUCCCUCUUGCCAUCCUGCUCGCUGCCGGCUACCGCUCGCUGGCCCUCGGCAUCUUCGGCGCGUCGCCGCCGUCCAGCGCCGGCGACUCCUCCUCCUCGCAGUGCAGCCGAACCUGCGAGUCUGCAUACUGCUCCGGUACUAUCGAGGCUCCGUUGAUGCGGUACGGCAAGUACUGCGGCGUGUCAUACACCGGGUGCCCCAGCGAGCCUCCCUGCGACGCCCUCGACGCCUGCUGCAUGCUCCACGACGCCUGCGUCAAUGCCACCGACAACGACUACCUCAACAUGUGGUGCAACCAGAGCCUGCUGGACUGCGUGGCCGCGGUGAGGACCGCGGCGGUGGUGGUGGAGGCGGGCGGCAGCGAGGAGGCCGUAUUCAGGACGUUCGAGGGGAAUAAUUGCAACGCGACUGACGUCGCCGACGAGAUCACGUCCAUCAUCGAGGCCGCGGUGUACGCCGAGAGGAUACUGCAUAGAGUACCGUAGAACACUCGGUCGCUGCUGUUGUUUCACUUGUUAAUUUGGAGCUCUCAGCUAGUGGAUCUUGUUGAAGUUGGCGGUCUAGACGGAGUACAAGUUUGGUGGAGGUGGAUCACCACAUGUGUAGUGUAGUUGAGGCCUGGCGCGUAGGUUUGCCUGAUUUGAUUUGUACUGCAAAUCAGAUCAGAUGCUCCCCUGUUUUUCUGAAGGAAGUUUCAGAUCAGAUCAGAUCAGAUGCUCCUCGUGCCAGGGCUUGAAAGCACCUCAACCGUCCAAAAAGUGCAUAUGACGUCCAAAAAGUGCAUAUGACGUCUUCC